AUGGAGGCAACUGUUAGGGUGAAAUAUAAGGACAGAAAGAAGUACUUCUUCCUAACAUCACCUUUUAAAUUCAAAGUCUUUUUGGAAAGUGUUGCCAAGAAGUUUGAUCUACCCACCCUGGAUAUUAAAGUCUAUGAUGAAACCAGGACCGAAAUCGAUGAUGAGGCAUUCGAAUACAUUCUAAAACAACAGGAUAUUGGGGUCUUAGAAAUUGGGAUCCCAACAGCAAGUGCUGAUGAUUCCUUCAGUUCUAGCACGAUUGGGGAUGGUGAGGCUUCCUUCAGUUCUGGUACACUUGGCGAUGGUGAGCCUUCAUCAGGAUCUGAUGACACAGCAAUCGUGAUCAGAAAUCCCUCAGAAAAAAAACAUGAAGAGGAUCGCCGUCUGGGUCGAAUGAUUGAGGACAUCCUCAAGAGUAGCCCUGGAGGUGAUAAGAUCACACAUGAGUAUGCUCGCACAAAAACAUUGUCAGAUGAACAUUUUUAUAAUGCUGAAGAUGGAAGUGGGUAUUUGGCUUGGAGAAUCAAAACUCUGCAGAAAGAGGUGUCCGAGGGGCGAAUGAAACGGCCACGACAACUUCAAACAGGUGGGCCAACUUCACACAGGGAUCCAUUGAAAGAAGACAUCCAGUGGGACGAACAGCAGUGUCAAGAAGCAAUUGCCCUGAUGAAGCAUUCUACAGAUGAAGUUGUAGUGAAGGAGAAAAUGAGGCUAACCCUGGCCUAUCGUCAGAAGUUGCUGCACGAUCCUGAGAACUCAGCCGACAUCCUAUCUGUUUUUCCUCGUUUCUUGGACAUUCCAGGUUUGAUUGAUCAAGAUUUCAGGAGUCUUUUUGGUGACGCAACCUCUGCAAAGAUGUUGGAGAAGUGGACCACCAACUUUCAAGCAAAGGUUGUUACUCAGUGUCGUGGACUUACACUGACUGGAGAUGUACAAGACCUCAUCCAAAAUGCUGAAGCCACUGAAGUAGAUGAUGGCUGGGACAGUGACAUGUCAUCAAUGCUGUUGCUGGUUCACCUUCUGCCACCUUCAAGCCAAGGCCGAAAAAGACCAGGGAAAAUCUCAGCCAGACAAGCAUGCGAUAGUCUUGUAAAAUUCAUCAAGAUUGGGACCAGCAUCCAAGGACACCUAGACAACAUCUCUGGGAGUCUCCAGCCAUACCUACUUGCUGUUGGUGCCAAGAAGAGCAUGAUCGAGUCUUACUACAUCAUGAUCGACAAACAUGCUCUACCCUAUGUGGAAAACACCAAGGUAAAUCCUAGAGUUGCAGAGUUGAGGGCCAGGAUGCUGAAGUAA